CUGAUAGCAUCUCAGUGUGCGGCUAGGCUUCAGUGCUCUAACCUAAAUCUGGGACUUAACCCCCUCAUAAACAUUUUCUUCACCCUACCCUAGGACAAUCCUUUAAUGUUUACUUCUUUGAGAGAGUGCAUGCUCUGUUUAGAAAGGGUAGCAGGAGAAAAGAGAAGGACUGUUACCACUUCUCUCCUAAGCAUUUGGAUGUUACCCGUGAUUAUGUGCCAGGAAAAAAUGAGGACCAAUCUCAUAGGAUCAUGCAGGAUCUUUACCUGAUGCGAUGCAAGGGAAAUAUUUGGAAAUGCCUCUGUGCUGCGUUACGUGCCAUCAUAUUCUCUCGUAGGACUGCUUGGAAUUCAGAUGUUAGUUAGUGGCGUGGCUUGCAUUUUACCUUUGCCAACAAAUCAUUUGGACCAUCUGUUCUUGUGGCGUGUGUAGCAAAUGAUGCUAUGCAAUGGAGAAAUCAGAAAAAUGGGUGGAGUGUAGCAUAUUGCAUAUUCAUGAGAUAUGUUAAUGAACUGUUUAUUGUCAUGUGACUGCAAUGCAUAUUUACGGUGGAGCUUGUGCCCACCCCAUAUGCAAAUGAACUGUAUGGUAUCAUGCUUAUAAGGACUGAUCUUUUUUGUAAUGUUUUUGUGUGAUACCGUUGAUACAUGGACGUUAUUGCAUGUGUUACCAGAGGGAUAAUUGCGGCAUAAAUGAUGUGCCCUCACCCCGGGGGCAUUUUGGUGAAAAGCAGGUAGGGAAAAUUUUAGUCGGUUGACGAAAGAAAAACAUCUGAGUGAACAUUCUAAAGAUGAAAAGAGAAUGAAUUUACACUAAUUGCAUGGACUGUUGAUAAGUGUAAAUCAAAAUGAAAGGACUAAAACCCUAGCCUGUGAUCUUCAUUAGUCAGCUGAAUACCAUGAGCAACUAAAAUACUUCAAAUGGGACUGAUAUUAAAGGUAUUAGAUGUUGGUGGUAUUCCCUCCAUGAACUCCACAACACAAGCACGUCAUCUGGUAUAUACCCGACGCAGACGCCCAGACAGUCACAGUCAUCGUGAUUACAGACCUCGAGGGGGAAUGAAGCGACGUAUGCAGUCCAGUAGGGAUGACCGACGUCGUAUGAGACCCCCUCCACCACCCCCACCCCCGCCCCUGCUAGACCCUCCUAGGGAUCUGUUACUUGGACCAUCCUACUCUGACUACCUUCGUGAUUACUCCAGUCGUUCCAUGGGCAUGCCGAUGCCUCCCUACCCAUCACAGAAUUAUUACGACCCUUUGAUGCCUUUUCCACCGUCGUACCCGCCCGCUCCGCCCCUCUCAUCUCACCGUCUGGGUGACUACCCGCCACCUCUAUCCCCGCCUUCCUCGCGACGUGACAAGGACCGGGAUCAUCGUGAUCGAGAUCGCGGGGACCGCGGAGACCGCAGGAUGCGACGUAGUGAUCACGGGAGAGAGCGGUCCAAAAGGGACCACAAGGAUCGCAGGGGACGAACGUCAUAUGACCGUCAUGCCGAUGAGUGCGAGGAAUUCCUACGUCGUGCUACGUCCCGGCCGAGCGCGAGUAGCGGCGGCUACGGAUCAAGGCACAGUAGUAGAAGAUAGACUCCAACAGUCAAUCAAGUUCCUUUGGUUUGGCAUUCUUGGAAGCGGUAUGAAGUUCCGUCUAGAGUCUAGACAUAGACCAUUAAUGGUGUAAUGCACAGACUUGGUGGAGGGUUGUUUUUUAAUUGAGUUUUUGCUGAAAUCCACUCGCAGGAAAAGUGCUUUAAUGAACUACAGCGUCUGGAUUCUGAAGAAUGGUCUUGUCUACUGUAAUGAAGUUUUAUAUUAAAACUCAAUAAGGUAGCUCCCUCUGUAUGCUAGAAAGCUGUUGUAUGAAGAUUGGUUCAAGUAGCACAAGGUUUCAUAGGAUUUAUAGUCAGGUUAGAAAAGACUUCUGUUUAUGAAAGAAGGCAUCUUUUUCUUGAAAAGACAACAAAAGAAAAAAAGUUGGAAAGGUAGAAUCAUUAAAAGGAACAGUUAUAGUUGUAUUUUGUUAUAUUAUUUCUUUUCUUAUGUAUUAAUGUUUUGAAUGUUUGUUUUGUAAAUCUAGCAUUUGAUGAUUGAAAAAAAAAUGAUAAUACACCUUUUUUUAAGAUGCAUUUUUUUAUAGAGGUGAUUGAGGAUGAAAGUGCUCGCACCCUCUCUGCCUUGUAUAUACAUGUAAACCUGUCUAGUUUAUUUUUUUUAAGUUUCAUUCCCUCUUAUUCAUUAAUGUUUUAUUUACCUUUCCACAUCACUCUAAAAUGUUGAUAUAUCAACAUUUCAUCCAUCAUCACUUUUUAUCCACCCCCCACCCCAGUUGCACCCAAUCAUAUGACCUGACCUUUUCUAAUUAUGAGCUUACUGUAUGAUGCCAUUCUGUUUGAUUUUCUUCUUCACACUCCUGUUGUUUUCAUCUCUUUUUUCAUAUGUAAUUUGAAAUUUCCAUUUGUACUGUUAAGGAGAAUCUAACAAUCAUUUCUUCUACAAUCAUAUUAUAUCAGCUAUCUGACUCUGAGAUGAGAUGUGUUUUUUUUCAGUUGUAUUGUAAAGAGUGUAAAAUAAACGAUAGGUGUAGCAGUAGGAUUUGAAGUAUAUGAAUAUGGUUUUUAUCAUUAUCAAAUUAGAAAAGGCUCUAGAAGUGUAACUGAUAUCAAGAAUGUUUUUCAGGGCCCCGUCUUACAAAGAGUUGCGAUUGAUUAAUGUUUGUUCAAAAUAUUUUCUAUAAAUGACGUAUAAUCAUACAUUUACUGUUUUCUUGACAAUUCAGUAUGCUUCUUUUUGUUUUCAAAGGACAUUGAGCAAAUUUCCAAAAGAAAAAAUUAUGACAUCGAUGGAUUUCCAUAUACCGGUACUUGAGAUUUACCGGAUCAAUCGUAACUCUAUGUAAGACAGGGCCCAGGAGUAUUCAAGUAACACUGAGGCCCCUUCUUACAAAGAGUUACAAAUGAUCCGAUCAAUGGCAACUAUGGACGGCCUGCAAA